AUGCACCCGUCCAAGCUUCCACCCGUCCAGGCUUCCACCCGUCCAGGCUUCCACCCGUCCAGGCUUCCAACCGUCCAGGCUUCCAACCGUCCAGGCUUCCACUCGUCCAGGCGUCCACCCGUCCAGGCGUCCACCCGUCCAGGCUUCCACCCGUCCAGGCUUCCACCCGUCCAGGCUUCCACCCGUCCAGGCGUCCACCCGUCCAGGCGUCCACCCGUCCAGGCUUCCACCCGUCCAGGCUUCCACCCGUCCAGGCUUCCACCCGUCCAGGCUUCCACCCGUCCAGGCUUCCACCCGUCCAGGCGUCCACCCGUCCAGGCUUCCACCCGUCCAGGCGUCCACCCGUCGAGGCUUCCACCCGUCCAGGCGUCCACCCGUCGAGGCUUCCACCCGUCGAGGCUUCCACCCGUCCAGGCGUCCACCCGUCGAGGAUUCCACCCGUCCAGGCGUCCACCCGUCGAGGCUUCCACCCGUCCAGGCGUCCAGGCUUUCACCGGUCCAGGCGUCCAGGCUUCCACCCGUCCAGGCGUACAGGCUUCCACCCGUCCAGGCGUACAGGCUUCCACCCGUCCAGGCUUCCAUCUGUCCAGACGUCCAGGCUUCCUCCCGUCCAGGCUUCCACCCGUCCAGGCGUCCAGGCUUCCACCCGUCCAGGUGUCCACCCGUCCAGGUUCCACCCGUCCAGGCGUACAGGCACACACCCGUUCAGGUGUCCAAGUGUCCAGGCGUCCAAGCGUCCACCCGUCCAUGCAUCCAGGCGUCCACAUGUUCAGGCAUCCAGGCUUCCAAGGCGUCCCGGCGUUUAGGCGUCCCAGCGUCUAG